GGAAGCUAAGGUUCAUACUAAUAGUUACUGCCGGUGGCCCUAAGGAGCCCAUCAUGGCGACGCCCCCGAAACGACGGGCCUUGGAUACAGUGGGGGAGAAAGUGCUGCGGUACGAGGCCUUUAUCAGUGACGUACUGCAGCGAGACUUGAAAAAGGUGCUGGACCAUCGAGACAAGGUAUAUGAGCAGCUGUCUGUAUACCUUCAACUAAGAAAUGUCAUUGAGCGACUCCAGGAAACUAAUCACUCGGAGUUAUAUAUGCAGGUGGAUUUGGGCUGUAACUUCUUCGUUGACACAAUGGUCCCAGAUACUUCACGCAUCUAUGUGGCCCUGGGAUAUGGUUUUUUCCUGGAACUGACACUGGCUGAAGCUCUCAAGUUCAUUGACCGAAAGAGUUCUCUCCUCACAGAGCUCAGCGACAGCCUCACCAAGGACUCCAUGAAUAUCAAGGCCCAUAUCCACAUGAUGCUAGAGGGACUUAGAGAACUACAAGGCCUGCAGACUUUCCCAGAGCCAUCUCCCCAUUGACUGCAUCUUCCCAGCAUCUAAUAUUAAAGAACCUGAAUGCCUUGGAA